AUGUCGAGAAUGCAGGUCUCAACGAGAAGGAAUGGCCGGGACUCUCCAGUGGUUCAUCUUGACCCAUAUUACCCUCAACCAGAGAUUGCGCCAUGGCUAGAUUCAUUGGACGAUGUCCCUCCAACCCCGCCACCAAAGCCGUACCGAACAUUUCACGAUUCAGAGUCUUUCCGUAAAGGCAGCGUGGCUACCAACAGUAGCAGCUAUACCAGCCACCGGCCCUCGACAAAUUUGAGCAUAUCUACGAACGAGUCGAUGGGUUUACACGACUUCAUUGACGAUUAUGGGCAAGCCUUGAUGCCGUCUGAACUAGACCCUCCGCCUGUCACCGUCCACGACGCGGAAAUAGCUCCAUGGCUUGACAGACAAGGGCCACCGUCACCUCCACCAAAGAAUGGUCGAACAUUCCAUUUUCCGGCAAAGGCUUCAUUCUCUUCACUCCGACCUUCCACCUCCUCAGGUCUCUUCUCCCGCCAACGCGGCCCGUCAGAGUCGCAUAGCAGCCUCGCAGACUCAGUUAUUGCGUCAACUUCCACGUCCAUGAUGCACGAGCCUCGAGAUCGCUCGUUGACUUCAUCCCCCGACCUGCGCAAGCCCAAAUCCUCUCUCAUCAGCUCCAUUCGAAAGAAGGUUUCCAAACGAAGCCUUCGUUCUGGUGCUGGAAAUACCGACGACUCCGAACAUCCCUCUUUACGACCUCCUCCUCCCCUGACCGGCGUAUCAUUUCUUCCCGUGCCUUCUCCACCGCAAACACCGCGUUUCAAGCGACCAAAGAAGAGAUCUGGCCACCCGGAUGAUAUUCCGCCCGUGCCCAGCAUCGAGGUGCCAGACUCUGGGGAGCAGGAAAUCAAGCUUGACACAAACUUCGACGAAAUGGAUGGCAUUGUUGACCGUGCAGUGUUUAUUACUGACGGAGUUCCCCCGACUAGCUCACCCAGUAGUGGAGUCGGUUCUGCCCACUCCCAGUCGAUCUCUGACAGGGAUAGUACCGGGCAAUUCAGCACUCUACCACCUUUUCGCAACCCAUUUUCUUCAGAACCGGAUCGACCGCACUACGCCCGACGACCCUCACGAAAAGUCUCUCCAAAUACCGUAAUAUCCCCGGACAGCGACCUGCCUAAUGCGUCAGAAGGUUUGACCGUUAAUGAGAGCUGGACUGCGCCGGAGAGUUGGAGUGUGGCCGUAAAAGAUGGAAAAGAGCCUAAUGUGGAAGGUGCUUCGAGUUCGGAUGAAGGCAGUGAUGGACCUGGGCGACGAAGGAACAGUCAUGUCAACGGGCACGGAUUUGCUCGUCGCUCGUCUCGGAUCCCCCCCAUUGCUGUGGACGCAGACCGAGAGAACAUUGGGAAAGAAGCACCGCCUCCCCCUCCAGCAAAACCACGGUCUGCAGCGAAACGUGCUCCGUCUGCAUACAGCCAGAAGAUGAAGAUACGCAUAUAUAAGGCGGACAACACCUAUCAUGUUGUUUCCGUUGGCACCAAUGUGACAGUGGGAACUCUAACACCCAAGCUGGACCAGAAGCUGCCUCCCGGGGAAGAGAAAGAAAUGCACCAGCUUUGUCUCAGGGAACGAGGACGGGAGCGGAUCUUGGCUUCGACCGAAAAGCCGGGCGACAUCGUUCGGCGACGACUGGAACAAGCAGGCUAUGAUGAGUCAGAUGGGUACGAACUAUUGAGCGGAGCGGGUUUGGGAUUCAUAUUGAAGUUUGUUUACAAGAGUCAGUUUCUUGGUCCCGCAGAGGAAGAACUCAAGUUCGACAACUUCGAAUAUAUCGAUCUCAGUGGUCGCAGCCUUCGAACGAUACCUGUGGUUCUACACCAACAUGCUGAUUCUAUCGUUUCGCUUCGACUUUCCCGGAACCCCAUGAUCGAGAUACCGUUGGACUUCAUUCAGUCUUGCACCACUCUUAGGGAACUCCGGCUCUCCCAUAUGGCGAUGAAGAAGGUCCCACACAGUCUUCGACACAGCUUGACUCUGACUCGCCUCGACCUCUCCUGCAACCGCAUCGCAACUUUGGACGAAGCAUAUCUUGAUGAUAUUCCCGGUCUUACGACAUUAUAUGUCCAGAACAAUCGCCUCGAGAAACUACCUUGGAAUUUCCCUCGCAUGCGGCGCCUUAUCACCCUUAACAUCUCGAAUAACAAGUUCAAGAUAUUUCCCGAGGGUGUCAGUGAGCUGGGAAAUCUCCGUGACUUGGACAUUUCGUUCAAUUUGAUAUCCGAGUUGCCGGAGGCCAUUGGGAAUCUUCAGAACCUUGAGCGAUUGGUUAUGGUCGGAAAUCAGGUCUCCAAGCUGCCGGACCAAUUUAGCAAUCUGGGUCGGCUGGGAGAGUUGGACUGCAGGAGGAACCAGAUAUCUGACCUGACGGUUGCAAGCAUGUUACCGAAGAUCGAGACGCUCAGCGCAGACCAUAACUCUCUACUUGACCUCGCAAUAUCCGUCGGCCCAUGUCUGACGAGUUUCGAUGCUUCAUAUAACGAGAUCACGCAACUUUCUAUCGUGCGAGGGCCCAUUGGGCGUAGUCCUUUGGACUUGACGUCACUCGAUGUUUCCAACGCAAAGCUUUCAGUCAUCGACGAAUACACACUCUCCCAAUUGACCUCCCUACGCAAACUGAGACUGGAUAACAACUCGAUUCGAACAAUCCCCGACUCCCUUGCAGAACUUCGAUGGCUCGAAACGCUCUCUUGUGCGGAUAACUUGCUGGUGGAACUGCCCUCCAAGAUUGGCAACCUGCAGAAGCUUGAAAACCUUGAUGUCCAUAACAACAGCCUAAGAGAGCUACCAAUAUCUCUUUGGAAUUGCGCAUCGUUGUCACGACUCAAUGUCACAUCCAACUUACUUGUUCUCUGGCAUGACCCGCCACCUUCGGUCCCUGAAGAAGAUGACGUGGCCGCUUCGUUUGUUGAGACAUCCAUUGCAUCUGGUCCAGUCUUUCCUCCCAAUCGCAAACCCUCCGUUGUCAGUUUGCAUGACCUCCCCCCACUCGCACAUUCUCUCGAGUUACUCUACCUUGGCGAAAACCGGUUCACAGACGAAGUUUUGCAUCCGUUGAUGAUCCUCAAAGAGCUUCGCGUGCUCAACUUGUCCUUUAAUGAGAUACAAGAUAUGCCCUCCACCUUCUUCCGCAAUCUCAACAAGCUGGAGGAAGUUUAUCUCAGCGGAAAUGGGCUCACCAAUUUCCCAGGCGAGGAUUUACCCAAGCUUACGAAACUAUCGACACUGUUCUUGAAUGGCAAUCGACUACAGACGCUACCGCAGGAGUUGGGGAAGGUGAAGAGUCUGACCAUCUUAGAUGUUGGAAGCAACCUGCUCAAGUAUAAUAUCAACAACUGGGAGUUCGAUUGGAAUUGGAAUUUCAAUAAGAACUUACGAUAUUUGAACUUGUCGGGGAACACGCGGCUCCAGAUCAAGUCCGACACUUCUCCUGGAAAUCGACAAAGCCUGCAGCUGGUCAAUCGCGAAUCACUGGCUGGGUUCUCGGAACUGACUCAACUGCGUGUGCUUGGGCUUAUGGAUGUUACCAUAACAACGACCGGCGCAAAUAAAGGCAUGGACAUUCCAGACGAGCAAGAGGACCGACGGGUUCGGACUUCUUCUUCGGUGGUAAAUGGCAUGUCCUACGGAAUUGCCGAUACUCUUGGUCGCAAUCAGCAUGUCAACAUGCUUGAUUUGGUCCACGAAUUCCGAGGCGCCAAAAGAGAUGCUGUAUUCGCUAUGUUUGGACGCGCAAUGCCACCAAAGCAACUUCCCGCUGCGACAACGUCCAACUGGUUCGCCAAGUUCCUCCAAGAUAACUUCGUCCGCGUCUUUAUUUCGCAGCUCAGUUUGAUCAAUCAUGAGCGAGGAGAAACUCCCACCGAUGCCUUGAGAAGAUCGUUUUUGAAACUCAACCAAGAGAUACACGACUCGGUUUUCAGCCCCAACCGCAAGAUGUCGCAUGGCAGCAUCAAUAUGAUCGGUACAACACUCCCCAGCACAGAUUCCUCUAAUCUGCGAAGUGGUGCUUCGGGAGUUGUCGUCUAUAUCGUCGAUCGGAAGAUGUAUGUCGCCAACGCGGGCAAUGCCCUAGCUGUCAUAUCACGCGAACGGAGUGCCCAUGCCCUGUCAAGGAAACACGAUCCAUAUGACCGAGCAGAAACAAGUCGUAUUCGAGCAGCGGAAGGUUGGGUUUCUCCAACCGGUUUGGUCAAUGAUGAACUCGACAUCUCUCGCUCGUUUGGGUUUUUCCAUCUACUUCCUAUUGUCAACGCCCGACCGGAUGUCAUCUCCUAUGACUUGAACGAGCUUGACGAGUUCGUUAUCAUCGCGAAUCGCGGUCUAUGGGACUAUGUCUCUUAUCAGACUGCGGUGGAUAUUGCUCAUGGUCACGAGCCUAUGGUUGCUGCUCAGAAGUUACGAGACUUCGCCAUUAGUUAUGGCGCUGAAGGCAGCACCAUGAUCAUGGUCGUCAGUGUUUCGGACCCUCCCGCACCAAACCUGCGCAAGAAGCGCCCUGUUAUCAACGACCGUACUCUUGAUCGCCUAAAAGACGAGGUUCCUCCGCCUACUGGCCAUAUCGCGCUUGUCUUCACUGAUAUUCGUGGCUCUACACAUCUUUGGGACGCCAAUCCGGGAAUGGCAACUGCAAUGCGUCUUCACAACACCCUUUUGCGACGAUUCCUCCGGCUCUGUGGUGGCUACGAAGUCAAGACCGAAGGCGACUCGUUCAUGGUUUCCUUCCCAACAACGCUUGCAGCUGUCUGGUGGUGCAUGCUUGUCCAAGUCGAACUGCUCAACGCCUCAUGGCCCCUUGAAAUUCUUGAAUGUGCCGACGGAAGGACAAUCUACGACGACCAAGGCCGUCUUAUUGCGCGCGGGCUUUCUGUGCGAAUGGGCAUUCAUUGUGGCACUCCUCUCUGUGAGGCCGACCCCAUCACGACCCGAAUGGACUAUUUUGGACCCAUGGUCAAUCGCUCGUCACGAAUCGAGGCCAGCGCAGCGGGUGGUCAGAUCAUGUGCAGUACCGAUGUCAUUCGGGAGAUCAACGCCAAGAUAUUCGAGACAGAGCCAGAGACAGAGUACUCUGACGCGCAACCGCAGGAAGCAAUUGACGCUAUCCGCCGAAUGGAGCCUGUGAUUGUGCCGGUUGGGGAAGUCAAGUUGAAAGGGUUGGAGGUCCCGGAAAUGCUGUCGAUGGUGUUUCCGGGCAAGCUUAUUGAGCGGAAGAACAUGGUUGACGAGGUUGUCGUCGACCCCACCAGCUCGUCGGGGUCAAGGGUGCAAUUCAGUGUUGAGCAAAUGCGGGAGCUGGGGAUGUUGUGUUUGCGCCUGGAAAUGGGUUCUUCUGGUCGAGUUUUCCGCGCAUUGCCUGAGCGCAAGGGCAGCUUACCAGAGGACCUGUCGGAUAUGUGUGAGGACGAUGAGAACUCUGUUUCGUUGCAUGGAGACCCGAAUCUUCUGCUGCCAACCAUGACGGACAAGAUGACGGACAACGAGCUGAUGCUGAUCUUGUACUCGCUCAUGGUGCGUAUCGAGAACGCGGAGGCGGCUUUGCGAGCGAAGAUUGGUGUGGCGGACGAGAAACAGGCGUUGAUGUCGGCUCUCCAGCAACAUGGGGGCCUGGAUGAACGGACGUUGGCGGAGGUGUUGUCUGUGUUGCGGACUAUCUAA